ACAAAACAAAAAUGUAUUACAUUUUACACUUCCAUUAAACCCCUAAAAUCUGAAAAUUUCCAGAGAAAAUCUUCCUUCAUGAGCCCCCUUUAAUUAAAAAAAAGGGGGAAAAAGUUUCAUCCGCCCCCCCCAAAAGUUUCCUUUCCGAAGAAUGGACCCUCGCCGUACCGCUCGAACUGUCAGCGAUCCGAAAGUACGUCAAGUUGGGUUCUUUACCCCGGCGGCGCCACCCGAUCGUUCCGCUUCUGAUCUUCCACGUCAGCAAGAUCCGAUCCAACCUAAAUCUCCGUCUUCCACUCAGGUUAACGAUCACUCUACUUCCGGCGAUUCACUCUCCCCCGUCAUGAUCCCUCCGCCACAUCACCAUUCAGACACCGUACCUCGUACGGCUCUACAGGUUACCUCCCCCAAGACGGCGGUCUCGUGUUCCUCCAGAACGGUAACGGUUCCAACUAAAAACGACGGCGUGCCCUCGUCGUUCUCGCCUGGUCGUAAGAUUGUUACCGUGAAAUCGCCAUCCUCCUAUCCGGGCGUCAAGGCGAGUACUGUACCCGCGAGUGAGCUUACGACUGUGUCGAUGGUUAAUUUGCCUUCGGGAAUAUCCGAAAAGGCUGGUGGAGCAUCAGUUGAAGUACAGAAUGAUCGACCUGUUAGUUCAAAGACAUUGAAAGAGAAAACUUAUAAAGCUGAAAGACGUGCCCUGCAGGAGGCUCAACGAGCUGCCAAGGCCGCUGCAAAAGCUGAAGGGACUAAGGCAUCAACAGCCGCAUCUAAGGUCAUGACCUCAGCAAAUACAAAACCAAGUAAAGCCGCAAAAACGUCUUCACAAAAGAAUGAUAGUUCUCAAGUUGCAGCUUCUGAGAAGAAGAUAGGUGAACGUGCACCUGAGAAAGAUAGGAAGAAAGAUGCGCCUCAUCCUCGAAUGCAAUAUGAUGAUACAAGCCGAGUUGAGAAAGCCAAAAAGCGUGCUGUUGUGAAACAAACUGAAGUUAGGAAUAGAGUGGAAUUGUUCAGGCAUUUGCCUCAGUAUGAACAUGGAACUCAGCUCCCUGAUUUAGAGACCAAGUUUUUUGAACUUGAUCCAAUGCACCCUGCUGUCUACGAGGUUGGAUUGCAGUAUUUGUCUGGUGAUAUACGGGGUGGGAAUGCACGUUGUAUUGCAAUGUUUCAAGCAUUCAAGGAGGCUAUCAAGGAUUACUCAACUCCACCAGAAAAAACUCUAAUUAGAGACUUAACUGCAAGGAUAAGUAGUUAUGUUUCUUUUUUGAUUGAAUGCCGACCACUCUCGGUUAGUAUGGGCAAUGCAAUCAAGUUCCUAAAGAAUCGAAUUGCAAAGUUACCGCUGGCUCUGUCUGAACCAGAAGCAAAAGCUACACUUACUUCAGAUAUUGAUCGUUUCAUAAAUGAAAAGAUCAUCAUUGCAGAGAAGGUGAUAGUCAAACAUGCUGUUACAAAGAUUCGAGAUGGUGACGUUCUUCUCACAUAUGGUGCAUCCUCUGCAGUUGAGAUGAUUUUAUUGCAUGCCCAUGAACUUGGCAAACAAUUCCGUGUAGUAGUGGUCGACUCUCGUCCAAAGCUUGAAGGACAACUCUUACUACGUAGGUUGGUGAGGAAGGGCCUUAGCUGUACAUACACUCAUGUAAAUGCUGUUUCUUGUAUCAUGCAAGAGGUUACUCGCGCCUUUCUCGGUGCUUCAUCGGUCUUGUCUAAUGGAACAGUUUACUCAAGAGUUGGGACUGCUUGUGUUGCUAUGGUUGCUCAUGCAUUCCGUGUGCCGGUAUUAGUGUGUUGUGAAGCAUAUAAAUUUCAUGAAAGGGUGCAGCUAGAUUCAAUCUGUUUUAAUGAACUUGGUAACCCGGAUGCCAUUUCACGGGUUCAUGGCAGAGAGGAUAUCAGCGACUUAGAUGGUUUGGUCAAUCGAGAAAAUCUGCAGCUUUUGAAUUUAGUUUACGAUGCAACUCCUUCAGAUUAUGUCUCCAUGAUAAUCACAGAUUAUGGCAUGAUUCCGCCUACAAGUGUGCCUGUGAUUGUGAGAGAAUAUAGAACACCUGUGGUCCUAGUUUCAGACAGCUCGUAAAUGUAACGAAGAGGAUUCUCAACAAUUUUGCUCGUGUUGUAGACCGUCAGUUUGGCCAAUCGCAACGGAACAAUAAGGAGAAAUUUUUUGUCACAAGUUCUCAUUUCUUAUCAUCUUUUUGUUCUUCCUGGAAUAAGGCUAUAGGCUGUGAUUUCCGGUGUUUUUUUCUUUUGUUCAUUUUCUUUUGAAACUGGCUCAGUGAAGAGUGCGAUCCGUUCGCCUCUCCGGGCAAGAGUUGAUCCAACUGCAUAUGUUGUAGUAGCCUUGGGUUUGUUGUUUUUCCUCCCUUGAGGUACCAAAUGGGUGGUUUUGUUGCAAAUUUUGCCGAAUGUCGUGCAGGAAAGUUUAAUACUAACUUGCCACGCAAGAAUACCUUGAACGUGAUUCUCAGAAUUUCCUAGACAAUAUGAUUUUCUUUUGGCUUUUCA